CAGACCGUUGCACUGUUCUGAUGCGCGUCUUGUGAGACUGCCGACUGUCCAAGUGUGACCAGAUUCCUCUCGCCAUGCGAGUGACGCGAUACCUCUGGAUUAGCAAUCUUCCUCCCCACACAACGGAAAGUAGCAUAAAGGAUGUUCUACAAAGUCACGGGAAAAUUCAGAAUGUUCGAAUCCACCCCGAUGGAUUAUCUUACGGUGCAGUCGUCGCCUUCGUAGAUACUCAGUCAGCAACGCGAGCCAUUCAGAGCACUGUUAGACUGAAUAAAGUCAGCCUUGCUCUACAGUACUGUGAGUCAUCGGGCAUUCCCGGGCGCAGUUCACAAGACCCUUUGAAUACUUCGACGGGGUCAUCCAAAACCACUGGUAGCCAUCGUCUUUCUGAUUCCAACCAAAUGGGUGAAUGUACAGAGCCCAACGCUCCCAGCACUGCCUACUCUUGCCGAUAUCUGACUGAUCAGCGUGGUCUGCUGAUACGGCGGCUAUCCUUACGCUCAUCCGACACUAAUCUGCGGGAAGGCCUUUUCCACGAAUUCAAGAAGCAUGGCAAGAUAACUUCGGUCAUUAUACGUGGGCAGGCUGAAGAGCGCUAUUGCAUACUGACGUUCAAACGAAGUGAAGAUGCUGCGCGUGCCCUAGAGGCGUCUCGUGGGAAAGUCUUUUUUGGGACAGCAAUCUCAGUGUCCUUGCACGACGGCAUUGAGUCUGAAGAUCCCGACCUUUGUCCACCUGAACAUGCUCUUGAUGAAUACCAUCCGAAGGCAACGAAGACUUUGUUCGUCGGAAAUUUAUGUUCCAGUACUAUUACACAGGAAGAACUCAAAAAUACCUUUCGAGGAUAUGGUGAGAUAAUAGAAAUCGAUAUAAAAAUCCAAGCCAGUCAACCCGGCACGUCGUACGCAUUUGUACAGUUCAAUGAUAUUAAGAGUGUCGUCCGUGCACUGUCAGACCAGGAUUCUAUCAGGGUUGGAAACAAAGUGGUUAAGCUGGGUUUCGGCAAAAGUCAACCUACGAAUGUUGUUUGGCUUGACAACCUUCCUGCUGUAACGGAAGCCUUUUUGGCUCGUCAGUUCGGUCGUUACGGGCACCUGACUCACGUCGUUUUGGAUCGAAAAUCUUCUCGGGCCCUACUUUACUUCGAUACCGUUGAAAUGGCACAACGUGCGCUGAAUGAAACCCGCAACAGAGCCAUUGUGGGACGCAGAGUUCAAGUGGACUUCGCUGGAUAUGAAUGUCAGGUCGCCUUCAUGCGACGACUGGGUAGCCAAGAGAACCUGGGUCAGGCUUAUGAUGAUUAUCGAGAACGGUUGCAAGAACUUCUCGCAUUAUGGCCUUCCUAUGGAUUGCCCUUGCUUGGGCGACAAAGAUACCUUACGGAGAUGGCGAAAGAUAACCACGAUAGCGAAAGUGAUGAUUAUGGAGCACCCUGUCACCGUCGAUCCACUAAGCGUGCGUCAUCUAAAAAACAUUCGGGAACAGAUCACCUAACGAACAGAGUGGGUUUAUUAGAUCCCCCUCGUGACCGAGCAUACCACAAAGGUAUGAGUUCGGCUACGAGUUCUAGCUCUGUUGGCAGGCGAAGUAAUACGCUAGUCAAAGAAUUCGCACUUGAAACUCCCCUCUCUCCUAUCUCCAACCGAUUUGGCUCCAAAAAGUCUCGACACCACAUGGAUCAAUCACUGGCCAACAAGGUACUGGAUGACAGUGAAACUUCCCGAAGGUACCUAUUGUCCCAUGCACCUUCUCCGUAUCGAGAUUCAAACUGGCGCACGCAUCGAUCCUCAGAACUGGCUGCUAGGGUCAAUCACACGAGCUCAAGGCGCAAUCCCGUACACUCGGAGGUUCGUGUAAACAGCCACUAUCUAGACGAAACAGAUAUCGUUAGCAGCGAUUCACUUUCUCCAGAUGAUGGGACGGAUAAUUUGCCGCUGAGAGGUGGUUCAAGCGCCUCUCAACGGUUAUCUACAUGUAAAAGCGUCAUUCUCCGUUCCUCUGGAACACGACGUUCGUUGGUCCGUUCCGACCAUUUACGCGUUAAUCGAUCACACAGACGUAAUUCACCCUCUUUUGAAAGUCUGUCCAACUCUCUGAAACAUCUUGAUGACCCUGAUAGUGGUUCAUCCAGUCCUGUCAAUGUUCACCCGCGAGGUCUUUCUCGUCACCGGCAAACAACUUCAUCCUCCUCUUCACCCCCGCGACCUUUUCUUCGUGCCGGUGUCGCUGCUAUUCGGCACCGUAGUCGUGAAGACGGUAAAGGCAGCACUUCGAGAGUUGUGUUCCCCUCACAACGGUGUGCGCGUUCUCAAGCCACAGAUCCCUACGCCUCAGCAGCUAACUCGUUUGCUGAUAGGGACUUCCUGAACACUUCGGGGAGUAAACAUACUGCAAUCGGUGAUCAUUCCACGCUCACAGGUUCGAAACAAUCUCCUGGUCGGAAUACGCGCGUGAAUUCCGGUGAUGAGAGUGGGGCUAGUCGGUUAGCGAAGUUCUGUCAACUGGCAGACAGUGCUGACGAGUCCCAUGAUACAUUAACGAAGCUCGAGCAAGAACGCGCGAAGCUUCUUCGUGAGUUGUCGUUAUUGAAUAACGAAGUAGUGGUUGGAACCAAACCAAAGCUAGCAGUCUUUCCCAACAGAAAACGGGAUGCGGACGAUGCAUUUGCAACCAACGUUCAAACAUCAAAGUUAAGGCGCACAGAGUCCUCUAAAGGGGACAGUGAAUCCACAUCCGAAGAGCUUCAACCCCUCUCCUCGUCGGAUGGUGGACUUGCUUCUCGAAUCUUGGAUCAGUAUGUUCACGCUCCCCCAAGCGCACUAGUGACGCCUGUAUCCGAUGUCGCGGCUGGUAAUAGCUUGAAACCCAAGGUUCCUGCUGUUCGUGUCGGCCAUCGUGACACAUCUGAAUCUACCGAACUUGCUUCUCUGACGGGCGCAGAACGAACAUCACCGUUUUCAGAAAGCGGUCGGUGUGACAUUGCUGAGGUUCAUGCUGCUACUCACGACCAAACUGAUUCCCUCAAACCGUCGAAUUCGCUUUCCACAACAGAUGGUUUUUCACAGUCACUCGUAACGUCAUCACCGAGGUUGAUUAUGCCCCCCAAACCAACUUCACCAUUGACCUGCUUGUCUCCUCCAGGAUCUCCUUUAGCUAUCGACAAAAUGCCGCUGCUGAAUUUUGACAGCGAAAAAACUCGCGCAAUGGUUCCAUGGACUUUAGAACUUCCACAACCGCCGGACAUGAAACCAAUUUCUGUUUCGUGUAAUGCGUCAAGUUAUAGUAAUCGUGACCCACGGUUGGUCGCACACGUUACUCAAGUCGAUGGAGACAUCCCACCUCCGCCUCCCCCACCACUUCCACCCCCACCACCACCUCCGCCACCAGAGAACUUGAAGAUUCCACUUUGGGUUGAUACAUCAGGUCGGCCGGAUCUAAGCAUACUUCCUGUGCCAUCACGAACGGAAGCCACUAAAACCGUCUCAAUGGAGCCUGUCAUUAAUGAUUCCGAACGCGACGCUUCGGUAUGCUCUCUAGAUGAACGCAUUCGGCUUCUGGAUGCUCAGUUGAUGAAAUCGGGAAAGGUUCGCCCAGCUGUCGACUACAGCAAGUUCCGGAUUCGACGCAAAGCAGAACCAAAUUUAGCCACCUCUGAUCGUCCCACCACAUCAAGCAGUUCAUCUGGAUAUGGUAAUUCAACGCCCAGUUCGCAUAAUACAGCAGUUCCAGAGGUUACAGGUUCACCUGCUGGCUUCGCUGCUUACUCUGACCGUGGACAUUUUUAUGACGGCUCAAUACCUGCGCUUCCUGGGAUGUGCACGGGUGUUAAUUCCGUGUCACCGCUUGAUAAUCUGCAAACUUCACCUUUAAUACGGCCCGCCGAUACGUCGGAGUUCGUCAAGAGCAUGCUAUCUUCCAAGCCGUCGCCCUCAGUACCAGUUGUCGAUCAACCAAGUGGUCCCACUCUAGACUCUUCCACAUGUUUGCGAACUGCACACAAUCGCUAUGCUGCUGUAACAAUAUCGAACCCAUCACCUUUGAAGUCGGUGACAGAUGCAAUUGGAAGUGCAUCAGUGGCCUCCACUUCCCCAUGUCUAGCCAACCGUCAUUUCAAUGCAUCCUCCGCUUGUCAAUAUCUACCACCUUCCGGUGCUAUAGGACACAAUCUACCCGUCGGCACUCAACCAGUUGGGGUUGCCACCCGUUUACCGCUGAUUUCUCAAGUGGUCGAAGGGUCCUCGCAUGCUGUUGAUACGGAAAUUGCUCCGCCUUUGAAGUCAAUUUUGAAAAAUGACCUUACUUCUCCUGGUUGCCCUGCAAUUGGAUUAGAGGCAGCCAACAAAUCUAUUCCAACCGAACUCAGACCAUCAGUGUACCUGAAUAUUCCGGAUGUGAAGGAAGCAAGAGACGAAAGAUCCACUGGUCUAUCAUUAACUAAGACUGCAGUUCAUCAGACAAAUUCCAUCAAGUCAGAGGUCCCUAAUUCUACCUCUUCUCCACGUUUUUCUCACUGUGAAAGUCAGAAGUUGGUUUUGUCAGCUAAAACCAAGACCGCCUCGACUUCCAAGCAAGCAACAAGCACAGCACCACCAAGAUCCAGUAAGACUGAUGUUGUGCGACCAACACUGGAUGAUUCGAUUUUCAGAACGUCGUUCACGAAGACAGAGCGCAAAAAGGAGAAGCUGAAACGUGCGCGACAGGCAGAUGCAACUGCUAAGGUUAUUCCCAAACCCGGAAACAGUGGAACUCGUAACCAACCCCAGAUUUCGAAUGGUUCACCACGUGUGGUUGCGACUCACACCGAGAACAUGCAGCCAUCUUUUGCUGAGGGGAAGAAUAGCCGACAAGAACGUACCCUAUUUAUCGAGAAACGUGUUGGGCGAGUUCAGUCCAAUCAUCAUAAAGCGGCCAAAGUCCUGGGAGACAAGCCUGUUCCCGCCAAACGUGUUCCAAACGCCAAUGUAAGCGUUAAGUCGGCAUCCGUUCACACGAAGAAAUCUGGUAUUGAACAGAGAGGGCGACCUACGGAUAGUGAUGGCUCCGAUUGGGAACGCGGAUCCUGUUCAUUAGAGAAAGCCGGUUCUGUUGUCUUUGGAGAAGCUGAAACGGGUUAUGAAUCCAUGUAUGAUAAAAUUAAGCGCCGAGCGAGUAAAGGGACAGGUGGCAGAGUCGUGACUAAAUCUAAUAAGAAACGUGAUUCAUCCAGAAAUUCCGUCUCAGUACUUGAAUCGGUGAACGAUUCAGAUACGGAUGAGUGUCUGAGUGACACAUCAUUUUCCGAAGUCAAGCCAAAACCAGCGCGUGUCCACCGAAGACAGAAAAAAACUCCCACGUGCCAAAAGAAAGGACAGAAAAAACGGGUUGAUGACAACUUGGAAAACCCACUUAGUAACAGCAAUAGAGGUGGCAAACCACAGUCUCGAGGCACCCUCAAUCUACAGGAUUCUGUGGGACGCAGAGGCAGUGGGCGUGGUCGCGUUAAACGCGUUGCUAAACCAACACACCAUAACUCCCCGAGCCCCGAUUUCCCUAGCUCCAGUUCACUACCCCCAAAACGUCGGAGGUGUAUUGUAGAGAAUCAGUCCGGCUGUAAUAGUAGUCUCUUCAAAUCGGCUGAUUCUCAGCCCACAAAACACAAAACAAAGCCCGAGCUAUCCUCUGUUUCUGAAAGGCAACCACGUAGCUUGGUCCGUCGAGUUUUCGCUUCAUCAGAUUCGGAUUCUUCUUUUUCUUCCUCGAACUCUGAAUCAGAAGGCCGUUCCAAGUCGAAAACCGUCCUCAAGUCCGUCGUUCCUCCGCUCACACCGUCUCCUGCAUCUCGUUCAUCCGAUAGUCCUCCGAUUAGUGGGUCCUGUAGCCCGGAUGACUUGGGGGCUGACGCCGCCGUACGACACACAUUCAGUGCUUUUCUUUCACCAGCUUCCCACAAUUCUGAGGAGAAAAAAGUGGAAGUUAGUUCGCGAUCAGUGGAAAAUGUUAAUAGAAGUACUGUAACCCGUGUCUCGGACGUCACGAAUCCGACGUCAUCCACUUUGCCCUUGACAGACACCGGUUCAAGCGCCAAUCAGACGGGAUCUCUUAACAGCAAACGAGAUCCUUCUGAAUGGAAUAUUUUCACUUCCCUGACAAAUCACUCCACGCCCAAGCGGGAGCUGCCAUCUGGUAUUACUACUUCAAUGGCAGUUUCCGUAGGUUCGAUAGACGACUCAUCUCAUAAACAAACACUUGAAUCUGAUGACGAGCUUCCGUCUCUUGAGAAGCAUGAUGAGGAUGAUUCGGCUAGGCUCUGUAGCGAUUCCAUUGAGUUGAAUGACAACGAUAGUUUACUGGGGCAUGCCAAUGGUAGGUCGACUGAUGAUGAUCUCCCCCCUCCCGUCGUAUCGGCGCUGGAUGACCCCUCACCUCCGCGCAUCUAUUCGGAAGACCACCAAAACAGCGUGCAACCGGACGUGAUAGAAGAGGUGAUUUAUGACUCUAUGGAAGUCCACGUAUCGCCCAGUGAGCAGCAGACUAGUUUAUCAAGACCUCAAUCUCUGGAGAAGCGUGGUUCCUCCCCACCUCUGCCUGUAAUCUCUACUCGGAGUGAACCUAAAGCCACCGCAAUCAUGACUCCAUUGAGCCAGUGUGACAUGGAUGUCGUUGUUAGUUCCACAACCAGCAGCUCGUUAACCCAACCUCUCUCCGAUUCCCAGUUGUCUGCUUCAAGCUCCAUCGCAAGUAUAGCUCCUCUUGCUCCAUUGAGCUUACAUUCGUCCGUCUUCACCCCCAUUACUAUGUUGACUUCAGCGUCACAGCCAGAUGAAAUGCCAACCGUCGGUCAGUCUGUUCUGGUCACUGUGCCUAGAGCCACACCGGGAGUAACUUUCUCCUCACAAGGGCUUACUUUGGUACCAACUUCGUGUCCAGCGCCACAAAUCGCGACCCCAGCAACCCCUAGACACGUUACUCUUAUCCUUCCCGCUACAUCAGUUUCUUUGAAUACAUCUGUGUUGUCUAUCCAGAAUCCCGUUACCACCACGGUCUACACUACUCCGACGCUGGUUUACAACACUACAAUAAGUAACUCGCCGGUUUGUGUACUGCCCACUCCAAACACUGUGGCUAGUGUCUACAUAAAACGAGGAGAUCAAGACUUAUCGACCGGUGUUGGUACCAACAAUACAUCGGUAAACACUAAAGCUGUUGAGCUAACUUCUUCAGGCUCGAUAGUCAUACCUACUCCUUUGGAACAAAGUGCCUAUGCGGGCGUUUCUGGUAAUACAAUCCUUGAUCCGUCUGACUAUACAUCUUAUGUACAACGUGUCAUAGAACGCGUGAAACAAGAAAAAGAUGAGGAGUCUAUGCAACAACGUGAAAAGAGCAAGCGAUCUAAAAAGAUACCUCCUGCAGUCAUUUCGGUUCCACCAACUUGUUCAAGCUCGGUUUCUUUUCACCCAACCCUAACUACAGUUGCACUGACUCCUUGCGUCGCAGUGUCCCCUAUUACACCACUUCUACCCAUUGCACCAAUGCCCGUGACGUCGAAACUAUCAUCAAUAUCUCAAUCUUCAGAUGGCGGUGGAACUAUUUCAGCCGCACGCAAGGCUCCUGACCCUAAGAUAAUUAUAAAGCCCGAUCCCGCUGAAGUUCCACUAACCAGUGUGAAUUGUGAACCUCGGUCCGCUAACAUGACGAAUGAGCAGGAGGCAUGCGUGCGACUGAAGAUGGAUGCUAGUGAACAGAACAAUCAAGACGACCAAACUUCUAGCACCGUAGAUGAAGUAAUCGAUGCAGUUGUCAGUGGUCAUUUUGAUGAGUCCGACUACCUUCAAAAGCUGGCUGUUGGAACUCUUGACCAGCCAUUGCUCCAGCGUCAUCCUGUUAUCUCCUCUUCUGGGCAAUUGGUCAGCCUGUCUUCUCUGCAUGCCGUCGGCGAACAGUCCAGUGCGCUCGUCAAUUCCAUUGAUGUGGUUGUAUCGAAAUCCCCCUUGUUGUGUUCCGACAGAACGGUUAAAUCCCCACUGGCUAACGGGAACCUGAUGACGCCAGAUGUCCUCGCAUCAACAACCCCACCUAGGGUCUUUACCCCAAUGCAUGUACUGACGCUUGUUGCUACUGGUGGAUCGUCAAUCAACCAAAACGGAUCGGACUCCACUGCCAUAUCCCCCGGUCUGAUAAGUCAGACAUCCAAUCUUCCUGGGAUUUCUGUUUCCAGUCAGUCAGUAAACCAUGCCACUACACAAUCUCUUGCUUCGGCAAUCAGCUCGUCAUCAGCCUCGGAGACCUUGGCUCCACCAAGUUCAUCCAGCCAUCGAAUAGACCACUUGGCGGCACAGUUUGCUAAUUACCCUCUGACGAAGUAUUUUUAUUCUUUGUUGGCCCAACAGCAAAUGGAAACGUCACCAAAUUCACUUUCAUCUGAGCCCACCACAGUUAGUCAAGCCGAAAGUUCUGUUUCGACUGGUGCUCUUCACAGCACACUGAAAAGCCUAACAGUACCCCCCAGCUCCAAUUCAAAUGAUACGUCGGAAUUUUUCGCUGCAGUUGCAACAAUGGCCGCAAUGGCAUCACCACCCAGGACAGGUAUAUCUGGAUCAUCUGAAACUUCAAUUGUGAAUACAACGCGGACAGACCUGCCGGCUGCGCACUCAUUUUCUGUUCAUCCCUGGUCUUCGGGUUCUUCGGAAACUCAGGAUUACCCGAUCGGAUGGCGUGGUCGCUUGUCCUUGAAGAACGAAGAAGUUUUUGUUCAUAUGCAUUAUCUUUCUGGUAAUCAAGGUUUAUUGAAAGACUGUAUGGGCGUUAUAUCAGAGCAGAAUUCGUCUCCCUCUGAACAGGACGUGUCCACUUUACCAUUGCUGAGAAUCGUCCAAAGAAUGCGCUUAGACCCUUCCCAACUGGACGGAGUACAGCGUAAAUUGCGUCAAGUGAAUGAUUUCUGUAUGUGUUUAACACUGGCUGCAGCGUCACCGAUGACCCCCGAGUCCUCAGCUGUGGGAGAAACGAUACGCAUGAAUCAAGUACUUUGCGACAACUUCAUCAAGUACAUGGUCGACAAAUGCGCAGCUGGAAUAGUAAAUGUUUGUAAUCCUUUCACAAACCAGAACCUCUAUGUGAUACACAUAUUCCCACCAUGCGACUUUGCUCGUUGUCAGUUGGAAGGAAUUUCGCCCGCUCUACACCGCCAGUUAACCCAAACAGCUACACCUUAUCUGUUGGUUGUAAUUACAACCGUGUGACCUAUGCAUUUAUUCCCGAUAUUUGCGCCGUUUACGAAUAUCAUGAGCUCCCCGAUACAUAUGGCUGUUUUAUGGAGUGCGACUCUCCCUGCUACAGACUGUUUCAUAACCUCAGGUUCAGAUCUGUCGGUUUAGCACCUUCAGAAUGCACUGUCAGUCGAAUUUGUUGAUACUUUUACGAACCGUAAUUCGAUCCUGAUGACAUGGGUCUGUUUUAACAUGAGUGCUGGUGCAUGUCACGGCAUUUCUGGUCGUUAUUCAUAGGUAUAAGUUCUUAUUACCGCUUACUGUUGCAUACAUGUGAUACGAUCUGUCGAGGCUACUGGGCUGUGAUUAUUUUUUAAUACAUGAAAACUACUGUGCCUUGUGUAUAUAGCACGGAAAGUUCCCGCGUUUUUUCGACUGUACAAUUGAGCUUUGUUUUAUCUAUACCCUGUACAUACUCGUUUAAUGCCGAUACUUGUUAAUGUCUCCCCUAACCGUAUGUGUACAUAUUUGAAUAGCCGGACUAGUCAGGUU